CAUACAGGGAAUAUUAUCUCGUCACAUCAGCAAAAUUUUACGGACACAGCCGAAGAUUUUGCUUUUCAAGGAAUCUUCAGUUGUAUGGGUUAAACAGUGUUAUUCAUCAAAAUCCUAUUGAAACAUAGUGUUAGGCUUACUCCGUAGGAUUUCUUUCAUAUCAUUGUAAUAUUUCUACACAAUUUGUUUUCUGACCAGAAUUGCGCUCUAAACAUUUGUUGUUACAUUUAUUAAACAAUAAUGUCUGGGGCCACUUUCACAAAGCGGCAUACGAUUUGUUAUAGGAUAUUUUGUACGUCACUGUUAACGUACAGUUGUUCUAUAUGUGCGAUAUCAUAAAAGUACGUCAUCUUUGUGAAAGUGGCCCCUGGAUUCCUUCUAGUAGGUUUGUGCAGUGACACUGAACUGUACAGACACCCUGGAGAACUGAUGCCCUUCUGGACAGGUGUGGGUGCGAUAUGGGUAGGCCUACUGGACCAUGGAUGUCACUGACCAUACUUACAGUGUUCUGUCAGGAAGUUUGUGUGGCAAUGAGUCCCCCUCUCAAGGUUGUCCGCAGAUGGAAAAGUUCAGUCAUGUGAUUACCACGUUUAUGAAGGAGCAGGGGAUUCCUGGUGCCAGUGUGGCUAUCAGUAAAAAUGGACAACUUGUCUACAAGCAAGGUUAUGGCAUAUCAGGUGCUGGGAGAAGAGUUCAGUCUGAUUCGCUGUUCCGAAUCGCCAGCAUCAGCAAAUCCCUGACUGCCAUCUGUAUCCUGAGACUAUACGAAGAAAAGAAGCUAGGCCUGGAUGCCACCGUCUUUGGCCACAAGGGGGUUCUCAGCUGGUACCGACCGUCAGGCAAGGGAGAUAAGCGGCUCCGUUUAAUCACAGUGCGCCACCUGCUGCAGCAUUCUGCAGGCUGGGACAGAGAUCAAGUGGGAGAUCCUGUGUUCUGGAGGCUGGAGAAGAUCACAGGUCAUCGCGGUCCGACGAAGACGGAUGAACUGAUUUCGUACAUGAUGACAAGGAAACUGCAGUUCUCUCCAGGUAAACGUCAUUCCUACUCCAACUUUGGCUACCUGGUGCUGGGAGCUAUCAUAGAAGCGGUGACUGGGACGUCCUAUGAGGAAUAUGUUACCCAGUUGUUCUCAGAAAGGGGCUUCAGUCCCAUGAAGAUCGGCCGAGAAAAAAAGGAUGUAGAACAGUCUGAUGAGGUGGAGUAUUUUCACAACCAGGAUCCUGUGGUGUAUCCGUCCAUAUUUGAGGAAGACGGCCUAGUGUCACCUCCGUAUGGUUCCUUUGCAAUGACGGGAACAGGGGCAUACGGGGGUUGGGUGACAUCUGCACCUGUCCUUAUCUCAGUUGUUAAUUCCCUGGAGCCAGGGGCAGGUAACUCCAUUCUGACUGCAGACUCGCUAAGGCAGAUGUUUGCACGCCCAAACUACGAGAGCAGCGUGGUGCGCAGUUGGUAUGGCCUAGGGUGGGACAUUCAGGACGCUGGGGGGUCGUGGGGGCACACGGGGGCCAUGGAGGGAACAUCAUGCACUGUCAUGCGGCACCAAUGUGGGCUGAGCUGGGCGGUGCUUUUCAAUGCCUGGGCAAAAGACAUGGACAUUGACGGCAUGAUAAAAUAUGGGCUGUCGUAUAUCGAUGAAUGGCCUCUGUGGCAACCAAGGCUGAUGGAAACAACUGGUUCACCUACGCAGAUAGUUUCGGCAGAUUCCGAAGAGGUUGUUGGUGUAUUGAUUCCACUUACCGAUGUAAAACAACACAAUAAUAAAAUGAGAUCGUGGGGUUAUUCACCAAAAAAUAUAAACGCCCUCUCGGACACAAAUGAUGUUUUCUUUAACAUUGUGUGGCGGAAGUCGUUACAUUCUUCGUAUCUGUUGUCCCAUGUUCCCUGCCAAGACCUGAAGACUGAAGUCACUCAAGGAAAGGAACAAGGCUACUCAGUUGACCUCAUGGAGGCCUACGAUUACCGCGGGGAAACUUUUCUUGCCUUAAACUUUGAAAAAAUGAUUGCAGAUGUCAACAAACUGCAAAUUAUUUACUGCGAUAAAGCCGCCAGCGAGCACGAAGCACUGCGAGCGAGCUACCAGAAAGAUGGUUUUCUCCUUGUUGGUCAGUCAGUCAUAUCACAGGAUGGUGUUCCCAAAGUGUCAGCCGUUUUCAACAAAGUUGUUCCUACAAACACCUCAACAGCAAAACAGUCACCUGUACAGCGAUCAUUCUAUAGAAUCACACCAUGCAAUUUUACUUACGAACUGGGCAGGUUUGGUGUGAACCUUGGCUCUUUUGAAUUGACAUAUUUGAAAUUUUACAAUGAUGUCGAUAAUGUCAGUGUUUCUGCUGUUUGGACUUCGCAGAAAGCCAAUGCAGCGUGUAAACAACAAACAAGUUAUUAUCAUCGGCAGGAUGUCUCUCUCUAUGGAUUUCUAUACGAAAUGAGAGAGUCGGCUGCUAAUAAUCUUCGAACUCGUUUCGUUUGCAGCUACAAGAUGGAAGGAGUCAUUAAUUUUGCAGUCAUUUGGCAGGGGGGUAACGUUGAGAAAUUGUCAUAACUAAAAAAAUUAAUGUGCUUAUAAUGUGAAUUAUGAGUGCUUCGCUAACUUUCAGUGCAAGCUUAUGAUGUGAAUUAUGAAUGCUACACUAACUUUUAGUGCAAGCUUAUAAUGUGAAUUAUGAGUGCUACACUAACUUUCAGUGCAAGCUUAUGAUGUGAAUUAUGAGUGCUACCCUAACUUUUAGUGCAAGCUUAUAAUGUGAAUUAUGAAUGCUACCCUAACUUUCAGUGCAAGCUUAUAAUGUGAAUUAUGAGUGCUUCCCUAACUUUCAGUGCAAGCUUAUGAUGUGAAUUAUGAGUGCUACCCUAACUUUCAGUGCAAUUUAUGCACAUUUAUGAUUUGAUAUUUGUGAUCAAUGAAACAACUUUGGUUGGAUUGGCUAAUUUCGGGGCUUUGCAAAAAGUAUAAUUUUAUCAAUCUACACAGAAUAAUGCCGUCAUAUGCAGAAUAUGCUUGAAUAAACACCUUACAUACAUGCGGAAAGGUUGAAGUCCAUGUAUGGAUGGUGUGAUGUCAUGUCUCUUGUCUUCUCUGCUAUACUGUGUUUGCAUAGAGAUCAUAAACUAAGACUUAAAGCAUAGAGAGUAAAACCAGACCAGCCACAACAGUGUGAUAGACGUACAGCGUAGACAGUAAAACCAGAGCAGAGACGACGGUGGGAUAGACGUACAGCAUAGAGGGUAAAACCGGAGCAGUGAUAGACGUACUGCAUGGAAAGAAACACCAGACCUGCCACGACAGUGUGAUAGACAUACAGCAUAGAAAGAAAAACCCGAGCAGUAACAACAGUGUGAUAGACGUACAGCAUAGAGAGUAAAACCAGAGCAGCGACGACAGUGUGACAGACAUACAGCAUAGAGACUAAAACCAUAGCAGUGACG